AUGCAAGUAACUGCGUUGAUGAACCAAGCAAGGUCUACAUUACCUUCAUUGACAAUUACAACUCAUUUACCUCCUACAACUGCCAUGGACUCGACCCUAAACACAAGUACAGUUACAGCUACAACUGCCACUACCGUGACACGGAAACCACCUCAGCUUCCUCCGUUGGUCAAAAGAAUCAGCUUGCCUCCAAUCAGCGACAUCCUCGCGCCCUUAUCACAGCAGCAGCAGCAGCAGCAGCAUCAGCCAUUACCGUCGGUGUCGCACUUGAACCAAUCCUCAACUCCACCUCCCGCACCCCAGGCCCCAUCAUACACCAACAGCUACUACACCACCACCACCCACGACCGAUUACACACAUUGAACAAGUCGCCCCUCCCGCAAUCGUAUUCUUCUUCCUCGUCGACUGCCUCCUCGAUCCCCUCGCCUUCAUCGUCAAUCAUACCUUCCUACCACCACCAACAACAUCACCACCAACAUCAACAACAACACCGCCAGCACCAGCCUCAACACCAGCCCCAGCACCAGCACCACCAUCAGACAUACAUGCAGCCGCACAUGAUGAGGUCAAACUCAUACCCACCCCCCUCGACAUCAGCCUCCAGCACAACCUCGCAGCCCUCGUCGCCCGCGCUCGAAGUAGGCGGAGGCAACGCCAACGCUUACUCCAAGCGCAAAACCAGAAACAACUUGCCCAAGGAGAUCACGUUUGUCUUGUUGAGGUGGCUCAACGACCACUUGAACCACCCUUACCCUAACUCCUUCGAGAAGAACCACUUGAUGAUGACGACGGGGUUGAACCAGCAGCAGUUGAGCAAUUGGUUUAUCAAUGCGCGGAGAAGGAAGAUUAAGGGGUUGAAGGAGCAGAAGCGGAUGUGUCUUUGA